AUGCGGGGUCGUCAUGCUGUUAGGCGUACUAUUGGUCGAACUUCAUCCGGGACUGGCUCAAGCUCCAACUUGACUCGUAUGACGUCUGCAUCAACAGAAAAUUUGAAUGUCUCCACCAACUCAUCGUCUUCGUCUGAAAACCAACAAGCUGCGGUGAAUUCCUCAAGUGAAACGAAAUGUGCAACGGCUGAGCCUAUGAAGAAGAGCGCCUCUGAUCCAGAGCUAGUGGAUCGAAUAAGCGAUGCCAAUGCAAAAUCUGAUGCGAAUAGUGAAGUAGCAGAUGUUCCGCAAAAACCUGUCUUUGGGGUGGGAGACGAACCAGUAAAGUUGGGAGACGAAAAAAGUGUUCUAGACGUUAGCCCGUUGACAAGGAAGAGGUCCACAGAUGCAGAUUUAGCCUGCGAUAUACCUAGCAAGAAACUCCUCCUGAAAUCAGAUAAUGGAUUACCUGUUAUUGCUAGUGAUAGUGCUUCUUGA